AUGUCGCAUAUGAUGGGCCAUACUCAAGAGAGACCAAUACAAGAAAUCGGCUCAUUUGUUGUCGUUGUUGUUGUCGUUGUCACUCCUCCCGGAAGACGUACGACCUCACAGCGCCACCCCCCAUGUUUAAUACUAAUAGUGCAGCCGAACGGAGCACAGUCUAAGUUAGUACGUCGCACUCAGGAUAAGCGUAUCGCCAACAAAGUCGGUCGCAUCCUGGCCCGGUUUCCUUGGCUCUCCUUGGCCUGGCCCACUUCAGGAUUCGGCUGGCCCUGUGCAGCUGAUGUCUCACAUGGCAAAAAGUGGGCGAGAUAA